AGAAGUGAUGGACAACGUCCGAAGUGCUCCUCUUGCCGAGAGCGUGCGAAAGACUGCCGUUGUCCAGGGCUGCCGGACACGCUUACUACACCACUAGAACAAGAGUUAUCAAGGGUUUGGGAUCGAAUAGAUCAGAUUAGUACUGCGUUGAGGCGGCAGUACCGAGGUGCGAUAACUCACCACAGAGCCGUUGUCCUGGCGAUCAUGGAGACGCCCUAGAUAUGCUCCGAGGAUUCCCAUUUAUGAAUCUCCGGAAUGAAGUGUUCAUGGCACUUCUAGGUCUAGAUCAGCCUUUCUCAUGCCAUCUUGAGCAGAUAGAACGGAGCAGAGACGCCGUUGCAACUCUAACUGCAGAGGUCUCCGGACUGCUCAUUUCUCAUAAGCAUGCCUUUCACUUGUUAGAUAAAAUUACCGAGCACACAUGCCUGGUGCCCAGUGCUCCACGACCAUUUUACUGUUUAGUUUGUCCAUGCCAUUACCAGCGGCUUUUCAACAUCGAUCGAAUCCUGCCAUGUGCUUCUGGGUUCAGCCAUCUGGAGUUUGUUUGUGGAGGAUGCCUCGUCACUGCAGCUAAGGGAAUGGGCCGAAAACUUAUAUAUGGGAGCGGUUAUGGGAAUGCUCCAUUGCAUAGUAACGCGCGAUGGCGACAUCCGGCGCAUACGAUGCCUUUAGCUCCCCAGCAUUUACUUCCUAUGCUGCGUUGAACCAUAUCGAGCCCACCACUUUGUGUCCAUAGCCUCUUAUCAUCUACGGGAUAUUCUGAGCAUCACUUGCGAUUGGGAGAAGAAGCAACCAAGUAUCGUCGGAAUCUGCUACUAGGUUUCGUUGCUAAUUGAAAGGUCUGAUGUCCUUCCCAACUAAC